UAUCUAGGUUGCCUCUUUUUGUUCCCUUUCCCUAAUUAUGAAUAAACAAGUAACUGCCAAAGAGCCAACCAAGGCAUCCCUCUUCUCCAAAAACCUGUCCAUUUUUGUCUUGCCGAUUCUUAUUGGGAAGAAACGCUUAUCACUCUUUGAAUCUCAAAUUUUGAAAGGAGGUGGUAAGGUUUGCUCACUUAGUCAAGUGAAGAGUGGUGAAGCAAAUCCUACACUUAUUGUUGUAGAAGAUUCUCUUUUACAAAACUCCAAAAUUUUGGAGCAGCAUUUGAAAGCGUACAAAAACAUGGGAUCAUGUACUGUUGUUGGUACUAAAUGGCUGAGUGACUCUAUAAAAUUCCACAAAUGCAUGAGUUUUGAAAAUUACAAGCCUCAUAAUCAGCCAUCUUAUGAUGAGGACUGUUUGCCACCGAAGAAACAAAAGCUAUCUGAGCAAGGUCGAGAAAACUUAAGUAAUAAUUUUGCUCUAUCAGAACCGUCAUGCUCCAAGGAGACAAUUGAAGUAGAAAAGUUUGCCUGCUCACAAAGUUCCUCUGUAAACACCAGUUUAGAAGAAAAUAAGAUUGUAAUUCAAGAGCUACAAAAACUAGCUGAUGCUUUCCGUAUAAAAGGGGACACAUGGCGAUCCCAUGGAUACACUAAAGCCAUCAGUGCUAUUAAGAGAUGUGGGAAAGUUCUCUCUAGUUAUGAAGAUGCUGUUAGUUUACCUGGUGUAGGUGAUAAAAUAGCUUCAAAGGUUUGGGAAAUUUUAGAAACUGGCCGCCUUAGAAAAGUCUCAGAGGUCUGUGAAGACAGCAAAACUAAAGUAUUGCAACUUUUUACAAACAUCUGGGGUGUGGGCCCAUCAACUGCUGAGGCAUGGUAUCUGCAGGGCUUUUGUACUUUAGAUGAUCUGAAAGAAAAGGGGACUCUCACUAAACAACAACAAAUCGGCUUAAAAUAUUAUCAAGAUUUUUUGGAAAGAAUUCCUAGAAUUGAAGUUGAAGAAAUAGGAGAGCUUGUCUCUGUGAUGGCGAAAUCAAUUCAACCCCAGUUGACAGCAACACUUGUUGGGUCAUAUCGAAGAGGCAAAGAAUCUUGUGGGGAUAUUGAUGUGAUGAUAUGCAAGCCAGAUCAUCUUGACUCUAAGAACAUUCUUUCGCAGCUAUUGGAAUCCUUAAAGAAUUCAGGUUUGAUUACAGACGACCUGGUUAGCAUAGAGAAGGAUGGAAAUGAACGCAAGUAUCUUGGGGUUUGUCAGCUUCCAGGAGAAAAUAAGAAACAUAGAAGAUUGGACAUAUUUUUGGUACAGAAGUCCGAAUUGGGUCCUGCCUUGAUGCACUACACUGGUUCUGCUCUAUUCAAUCGCUCAAUUCGACUUCUGGCUGCUAAAAAGGGGAUGAGUUUAUCUGAACACAGUCUUCAUGGAGGCAUUGUACGAGAGGGGCUGAAAGUCUUGAAUGGAGGCUAUAUUAUACCCACACCAGAUGAGAAAUCUAUAUUUGAAGCUUUGGGUUUGGCCUAUCGCCCACCAGAAGAAAGAGAUCACUGAUAGAUGUACUUACCUACUACUAAAGACUUUAGUAACGCAUGCCAAAUAAUAAACAAUAUUUUGAUAAA